AUGGCUUACAGCUCCAGCUCCAGCUCCAGCUCCGUAAUCUCUGGCGCGUCAUCUCCCGUCAGCAACCCCUCUCUAAACCCUCAACGCCGCAGACACGUAUACGUGAUGCCCGCCAAUAGCAAUAAACCUCGGAAGGCGAAACAACAACCUCCCCAAGACAUUAUCGACGAGUUUUGGGCCAAGUUCACAACCAAGACCCCGGGCAAGGCAACUACCGUUAUCCCGCAAAAUGAAUAUGCCGAGAAGGUCGCUCGGCGGUCUGCUGCCGCCACAGGUGUAAACACUCAGACGUCAUACGACGAGGCCGCCGCCGUCUGCAAGACAAAGGUCGACAAGAUCGUGAAAGAGUGUCGGAGAGUGAACCAGAAGUACCGGGAUCCCCACUUCGACCUCGAGUUCGAUCUCAAGUUCAACCGGCGAGACUGUCUCGAGUCGCUCUGGAACACCAAGGACAAGGACCCGACGCCGUCCUCGUUCAGUCCGAAGGCGGUCAAGCGAGUCGUCGACAUCUUUGAUAAUCCGCAAUUCUACAUCGACGGUCCCACCGCUAAUGAUGUGCGUCAAGGUCGAGACGGAGACUGCUGGUUGAUGGCUGCGCUUUGCAAUCUCAGCAACAAGACCGGGCUCAUCGAAAAGGUCUGCGUCGCCCACGACCAGGAUGUCGGUGUAUAUGGUUUUGUAUUCCACAGAGAUGGGGAAUGGUACAGCGAGAUCAUCGACGAUAAGCUGUAUCUGACAAAGCCUGAUUACGACGAAGGAUACAUAGAGCGUAUCCUCUGGGAGGACCGCGAGCGUGUCAACUCCGAAGAAGCCUACCGGCGCAUCUACCAGACAAACAGUGGCGCUCUUUACUUUGCUCAAUGCGAAAACCCAAACGAAACCUGGUUGCCACUCCUUGAGAAAGCUUAUGCCAAGGCACACGGGGACUAUGCAUGCAUCGAGGGCGGUUUCACCGGCGAGGCCAUCGAGGAUCUUACCGGGGGCGUCACUUCAGAGAUAUACACUUCAGAUAUCCUGGACAAGGAGUACUUCUGGAAGGAGAAACUUCUCAAGGUCAACGAAGACUGUCUGCUUGGUUGUUCCACUGGAUUUGCAACAAAAGGCUGGGGCGAGCGUAAAGGCAUUAUCGAAAUGCAUGCCUACAGCGUCAUGAAAGCUGUCGAAAUGGACAAUGAACGACUCGUUUUGCUCAAGAACCCCUGGGGGAAAGGAGAAUGGAGGGGUGCUUGGAGCGAUGGUUCGAAGGAAUGGACUCCAGACUGGCUGCAAAAGCUCAAUCACAAGUUCGGGGACGACGGGGCCUUCUGGAUCUCAUACCACGACUUACUCAAGAAGUACAACAUCUUCGACAUCACUCGUUUGUUUGACCAUGAUUGGAAGGUCACGUCUAUCUGGACAACUCUCUCAGUUCCGUGGACUCUUGACUACCACGACACGCAUUUCGCUUUUGAACUUUCCAAAACCGGUCCGGUGGUUUUAGUUCUUGCUCAGCUGGAUGAUCGUUACUUCAGGGGUCUGGAAGGUCAAUACAGGUUCGAAUUGCAGUUCCGUCUGCACAAAGCUGGCCAGGAGGACUAUGUCGUUCGGAGUGCUGCAUCUUACCGCAUGAACCGCUCUGUAAAUGUGGAGCUUGACCUCGAGGCUGGCAGCUACGAGAUUCGCGUCCGAAUCGACGCCUUACGAUAUAGCAAUAUCCUUCCCAUCGAGCAGGUCAUUAGAAACAAUGCCAAAGGGCGCCGCGAAAAGCUGACUCGCAUCGGCUUGGCCUACGAUCUUGCUCACAGCAAAGGAAGAGUUGUUGAAUCCGCCGAGGAGAAAGCAGCGAGAGAGGCUCAAGAGAAGAAACAACGCGAGACCAAUCGUGCCGAGAUUAAACGGAAGAUACAAAAAGACCGAGAACAGGAACACUACCUGCGGACCCAGGCGAUGAAGAGGAACCUCAAGAAGAUUGCAAAGCGCAAUGCGCGACGCGAAGCCAAGGUCGACAAAAUGAAAGCCGCGCAAGCCAAGAAUCGCUCCGGGCCGGAUAUUCCCUCCGAUGCGGAAAGCUCUCGCGGACGUCCGGCGCGAGGCAAGCCUUCGAUCAAGAAGCAUGUCAAAAUCCAAGACCUCGAAUACGCGACGGAACACCUCAGCAUCUCAAACGGAAAGAAACACGAGACAGCAAAUACAGGACCCGCAGAGACUGACAACUCUGGCGCCGCAGACAAACCGCCCACUGAACCCGGGAAUCAGGAUGGAGCAAAGCCGCCUGUGGAUAAAUCAGUCAAGCUGUCAGUGGCAGUUCCUGACGACUCACAGAAGACCAAGGAGCAUACAACCGAGGAAGUACAAAUGUCGCCUAUGGAUACACGCUCCGUAACCGGCAGUGUAAGGAGUAAUGGCGACGAAGCCGCCCCCAAGGAAAGCGACGAGGCGCGAAGCGAGCCAACAGCUCCAUCAGAAGUCUUAGAGUCAAGGCUUUGCGAGUCUGACGAUGAUGAUUAUUCGAGCAUCUCCUCUUUGUACGAACCCUCCGACCGAGAAUGGGAGAUUGAGAUCGAUGCGGUCGAGGCGCGGACGAGCAGUCCUGCACGCGUGCCGCCAUCGAACUCUGCAGUCAAUGUAGACGACCAGGACGAGUUCGAGAAAGAUCCUUGGAACGCUGUAGUCGUAGUGGGACUCCGCGUUUACCAUAAAGUGCCCGAAGACGACAAAGACAACGACACCAUUGUCAAGCUUCGGGUCGUCCCGCCAAAUCCCUACGCUGAAGAGGCAGCAUCGUCGAAUAAUGCGGAAUCGAGCAGCAACAUAACCAAAGGUCUGGAUGUUGAUGACAGUGCGAAGGAUGCAACAUUGGAGGGUGAGAUCAAGCAGAGAAAGAAGAGCAUCGCUCCAACCAGCGAAGAUCUUCGGGAUGCGUCGAUACUCGUUCGUUCAGAGCUUGGCGGAAGAAGCCUGGGCGUUCCGGGUGCGGAUUCUUUGGGCAAGCCGAGGACGAAAUUGCGGACUUGA